CAAGACAAAGGAGCUGAUUGUGGAGUUAAGCACAAAGCAGACGGGGAACUACAAGCACUCCUUCAUCAACGGGACCGUAGUGGAGAGCGUGGACAGCUUCCGAUACCUGGGCAUUCACAUCGCGCCUGACCUGUGUCAUGGUCCUUUCAACACCCUGGUUAAGGCUCAUCAGCGUCUGUUCCACCUACGGCGUCUGAGAGACUUCCACCUACCAUCGAAGGUAAGGCUACCCUACCGUAGCAAAUCACACUAGUUGGAGUGAAAUUUAAGAUUCCAUUGAACCACCUGCGGUCAAGUCUUGCAGUAAGCUCUGUCAUGUGUGAAGGCCCCUCUAUGAUCUCUGGACCGAUUCCUCCGGACCCUACACUUUUCCCCGAGUACUACAAGCGACCUUCCUCAGCGCGUGGUCGCCUGGAAGGGAACUCGGUUCCUGGCACCUCGGCACUGCUGUCAGGCCCACUGGCCCCAGACCAUACACUGUACCCAGGUUCCUACAGCGCCCGAACCACACGGCCACAACCCCGCAUCAAUCCCAACGCCACACACAUCCUGGAGCGGGGGCAGAGAGGGGUUGUGGGCUCCCUCCUCACACUGGAGGGCGUCUCCCGGAAUUCACAGCCUAAAAACAAGUCGGCAGUGCGGGACUUUGGUAAGGAGAAUGUGCGGCGGCUCAGAGAGAUCCAGAAGAAGUGUCGUGAGCAGGAGGCGCAGAAGGAGCACUCGCGUCCCGUCCCGGUCAAGGCUCUGUGGACUGCCCCCAAAUACCGGGACGUUCAGGCCAGAGUCAUGACCCAACUCCAGGAGACCAGUCCCCCCAAGAAGCCAGAGUGUCAGAACUUCCUGAGAGCUCACUCUGCCAGUGGUUCAGGAGGUCGGACGCAGUCCCGUCCCCGCACAUGCUCGUCCUCCGCUGCAGUGCCCUCCUCUCCCUCCGCCCCAUCCCUCUCCAGCACAGAGUUGGAGAUUAGAGGGCGCAAGGUAGACUUUGUGAGCCAUAACGCACGAUCAGCGGGGAAGACGGCUCUCAGGCGCUCACAGUCCCUCACGAACCUCAGGUCCCCUCCCAGCGCAGAGAAGGGCAGAGUGCCACAGUAUCUGUUGGAGAGGAAAGAACAGUGGAAGAAGGAUGAGGAAGAGAGGAAGAAAAACACUCCUGAUCCCUCCAUUCCAGCCGGACACACACAGAUGCCAGAGAUGGACCGACAGGAGACUCUCCAGUCACUUAAAGAGACUCACAAGACGCUGGUCAAUGUGUUGGUGUCUCUCCCGGUGAAGGCCGACAGUCUAGGCGUUCGCUCCCGUCGCACCAAGCUGGACCGGCAGCUCUCGGAGCUCGAGGAAGCCAUCAAGGUCUUCUCUCGGGACAAGGUCUACGUCAAAAUCGACUCCUAAAUCGGCCGCCUAUCUGUGCUGUAGGGAAUGCUGGAGUUGAAGCACGCACUGGGCCUGUUGAAAACGCGGUCCGCUUGGCAGAGGGACAGCUUGACACUGAAGGGAUCUGACAGGGCCGGAUUUGCGACACAGCUGACCCUCUAGCGCUGAGCUAAAGUUUGGGUUCUAGCAGAGAUAGUUCCCUAUCAGGGUGGUUUAGUAGUGCAUAAAUAGGCUCUGCUUCUGUCCUGUAAACCAGUCGAUUUCAUUGUUUGUUUGUUUUUUUGUAACAUGUUGCUAAUCUUUAACUUUGACUGAACACAUCAUUGGAGCAUUGAAUCAACCAAACACAUUUGAAUAAUCCGAGACUGAGUGCCAACCUGGAGUUCCGUCCAACUGCAGUUUCAUUAUAGUCCAUUCAGGUGUAGGUGUCGGUGACACUGUAGUCUCAGUCAGACGCAGCCAGAUUCAGAGAUAUAAUGCAGACAGGUGUGUUCUUCUCAUCUGCUCAUAUCACCUGCAUGAUGCACACAAACGGUUAAAUGCUCUGUUGAUUACCAUUCUUAUAUGUGCUACAGUUCUACAGAUCAAGUCGUCCUUGAUUUGUUGGGUUUUGAAGGAGAAUGUUUAAUCUGAGGUAAUGAAUAACUGCUUAAAUAAUGACCGCUGAGAUGUAAUAACUUUGUAAUUAUUAGUACAUAGUGACCUUGUGAAUGUAGUGUUUUGUGUCCUGUCCACAAAUCAAGCAGAUCCUUGGUUAUCAUAUUCUGUAAAACGGACCAAACUGCCCUGUUUUAUUGAUGUAUUGCUGUUUAUCAGUGAAAUAUAGGGACUGGUUACCUGAAGGACAUCACCUAAAGGUGGUUCCCAAUCAUAAGCUUGUGGAGAGAUUAUUGUAGAACACAUUGCUACAGUGUCAGCUAGGAGCAUGGUUUCCUACUAGAGUGCCUAGAGCUCAGCAAGUUUUUUGUAUUAUAGCAGCCUCAAGCAAGAACAAAUUUGUUGCAGUGCACUGAAUUUGAAAAUAAUAAAUGUUUAUGUGUGUAAAUAA